AUGGAGUCCCCCGACCCGUCGCAUCCCAUAAUCUCACCUGGGCUUCAAGUCCCGGCUUCAUCGUCUACUGUGGACGUCAGGGUCAUUGACACCAAUACACGCCUCUACCUGAAGCCAGGGGUCUUCUGGGAACCCAUCCUGCGCGGCUUCGACGGGCCACACGCGCCGAUAUAUUGCUUCCUCAUAUCCCACGACAAACACCACAUACUAUUUGACUUGGGCGUGCGUACAGACUGGGAGAAUCAUGCUCCGAAGAUCGUGCGGCUCAUCAAAUCCACCACAGAGGUGACAUGCUGCGAGAAGGACGUCGCAUCCAUCCUAGACGACGACACCACCGACCUAGGUAUUCGCAGCACUGACAUCGAAGCCAUCGUGUGGUCUCACAGUGACUUCGACCACGUAGGCGACCCAUCUCGAUUCCCCCAUACCACCGAGCUUGUUGUUGGACCUGGCGUUAGGAAGCGUUCAUGGCCCGGUUAUCCGUCCAACCCCGAUGGCACCGUUCUCGAUAGCGAUGCUGCUGGUCGCGUCGUACGCGAAAUCAGCUUUGAUGGAACCAGCAUGAAAGUAGGCGGUUUUGACGCGUUUGAUUAUUUUGGUGACGGCUCUUUCUAUCUCCUUGACGCUCCUGGCCAUGCCCCUGGGCACAUGUGUGCUCUGGCCCGCACCACGGCCGAUCCGCCCUCGUUUGUUUUUAUGGGUGCCGAUGCGUGCCAUCAUGCUGGGGUGUUGAGGCCGUCAAAGUAUAUCCCGCUUCCUCGCCCUAUGCCUUCGCGGAAUUGGGAGAGCUGUGGUGGGUGUCCGGGGGCUUUGUUGGUGAAGCUUGCGGCGUGGCAGUCUUCCAGUGAGCCGUUCUUCCAGGUCGCGCGCGGGCCGUUGUUCUGCGAUCACGAAGCUUCCAUGGAGACUGUAGCGAAGAUACAGAAGCUGGAUGCUGUGGGGAAUGUUUUGGUUAUUCUUGCGCAUGAUGCCUCGCUGGAUGGACGCCUGGUGUUAUUUCCUGAGUGUGUGAAUGAUUGGAAGGCAAAGGGGCUGGGGGAGGCGACGAGGUGGCUGUUUUGUCGGGAGUUGGAGAACGUGGAGCCUUGA